AUGAACGACGAAGAAAAACACCUGGCGGCACCCGCCAACGCCUACCAACCCAACAUGCACUACCAGCAACAGCAGGAAAAACAGACAGGCUACAAUGCCGAGUACGACACCCACCAGGGCGGCUACAAUCAAAACCAGAACCAAGAUUACUACAACCACAGCCAGGGGGGAUACCAGAUGGACAAUAUGGGCCAACACGGCGGCUACCAGGGAAACCCCAACGACAACUACAACAACCAGCAGCCCCCUCCCUAUACACCCGACUUCCCCCCAGACUACAACUACAAGCCCAAUCCCAACGCAGCCACGUUUGACGAGGCGUUCGCCGUGCCCAAACCAAAAUGGAACGAUAAGAUUGGUCUGGUGAUUCUGGCCCUCAUCUUCUCAGGCUACCUCGCCCUCAGUAUCAUUGUGAUCCGCGCAUAUGCACAGACCCACUCGUUCCAGGGCUGGGGCAUCUACUCGGGCGAAAACGACUACUCACUUAACACCCACACGCUCAUUCUGUACGCAUUUGUGCUGGCCACCGCCAUGGUGCUAUCGCUGCUCUACUUCAUUGCCGCGCGAGUCUGGACAAAGCAGUUCAUCUGGAUCACCUACAUCCUGCAUCUGCUUUUUUCCUGGGGCACCGCCAUCUACUACCUGGUUGUGGGCUACUACUCGGCCGGCAUUGUCUUCAUUGUCUUUGCCGCCCUCACCACCUGGUGGUUCUGGUGCUCUCGAAAGCGAAUCCCUUUUGCCACCAUCGUGCUGCAGACCCUCAUUGACGUGACCCGAGCCAACCCCUCGGUUCUCGUCAUCUCUGCGGUCGGAACCGUGGUCGGGGCCUGUUUCGGCACCUGGUUCUCCUUCACCAUUGUCUCCAUCUACGUCAAGUACGACCCAGACAACCGAAACCCGGGUUGCAUGACCACCGGAGGCUCGUGCUCCAACGGCAAGCUAAUUGGUCUCAUUCUGUUUGCAAUCUUCUGUGGCUACUAUCUGACCGAGGUGAUCAAGAACGUGAUCCACGUGACCAUUUCCGGCGUCUACGGCUCGUGGUACUACUGCUCCAAGUCCGACCAGGGCAUGCCCAAACACGCGGCUAUGAGCUCCUUCCGACGAGCAGUCACUUACUCAUUGGGUUCCAUCUCUCUGGGAUCGUUGAUUGUGUCUAUCAUCAACUUCAUCCGCCAGAUUCUUUCGGUUCUGCAGCAGGAUGCCCGUCAAUCCGGAGACACCCUGGCCACCGUACUGCUGUGCUUUGUACAGUGUUGUUUCGGCGUUCUGGAUUGGCUUGUCACCUACUUCAAUCACUACGCCUAUUCGUACAUUGCGCUGUAUGGAAAGGCGUACGUGCCCAGUGCCAAGGCCACUUGGAAGCUCAUGCAGACCCGUGGUAUCGACGCAAUGGUCAACGACUCUCUCAUUGGCUCCGUUCUUUCUUUCGGAGCGUCCUUUGUCGCCUACGCCGCCGCUCUGGUGGCCUACUGCUUCCUCAAGUACACCGAUCCCUCCUACAACUCUGGCGGCGGUUUCUACGCUCCUGUCGUUGGCCUGGCCUUUGUGAUUGCUUUGCAGGUCAGCAACAUUACCAACGUGUCGCUCAAGUCGGGAUGCUCGACUUUUUUCCUCGCUUUGGCACGUGAUCCCGAGGUUCUGCGAGUCAGUUAUCCCCAGAUUUACGAGGAGAUUUGCCGAACCUAUCCUCCUGCCCGCGACAAGCUCGACAUUUGA